AUGUGUGGAGGACGCGUGCGAACGAAGACGGUGAAAAAGGCCGCCCGGGUGAUCAUCGAGAAGUACUACACCCGGCUGGGGAACGACUUCCACACAAACAAGCGGGUGUGCGAGGAAAUCGCCAUCAUCCCCAGCAAGAAACUGCGCAACAAGAUUGCGGGGUAUGUCACCCACCUGAUGAAGCGUAUUCAGAGGGGGCCUGUCAGAGGCAUCUCCAUCAAACUGCAGGAAGAGGAAAGAGAGAGGAGGGAUAACUAUGUCCCAGAGGUCUCUGCUCUCGACCAGGAGAUCAUUGAAGUGGACCCUGACACCAAGGAAAUGCUGAAGCUUCUGGACUUCGGCAGCCUGUCCAACCUGCAGGUCACACAGCCCACGGUGGGGAUGAACUUCAAAACACCCCGAGGAGCUCUCUGAGUCUGUCGCUGUAUGUCACUUUUCCAAUAAACGUGGGAAACCAA